AUGAAAAGGAAAACUCUGUUACUUGAAUCUGAUAUUAUACAAUAAAUAAAAAGUGCAUUCAAUCUCAAUCAAUUGGAAAUCACAGAACUUAUGACUUAAGCUAAAAGAUAUGAUCCUAAGGGAACUGGUUACGUUAGCAAAAAUGAAGUUGAUGAUAUUAUGAGAGGUUGUUGAUUGUUGUUUGAUAAGGUAGAUUUGAAGUUGCUGACAAAUGAAAAAAUGAUUGCUAAAUUCAAGGAGGAAUUAAAAACUUAUGAUGGUAAAGUACUCGAUGUUAAACAAAUAUGUGAUCUAUAUUGUAAAUUGAAGAAUUACUAAUAACAAUUAGAGGAUGAGGAAACAAUUACUUAGGAAUACAGUAUUUGAAAAUUUCAAUUAUUCUUAGUUGAUGCAUUUGUUGCAUUAGGAGGAUAACCUGAUAGAUCUGGUUAUGUGUAAAAAUAAACUAUUAUCGAUAUCAUCCAAAAGGAAUUCGAGUUGAAGAUUGAUUUAGAAUCUUUUCUAGGAGAUUUCCAACUCACUCAGUUAGAAUUUGAGGACUUUUGCUAACUCUUUGAGAAUGCUGGUGAAGAUGCCAAAUCUUUUAUCACAGUAUAAUUAAUUUUUAUAAUAAUCUCCGUAGAGUUUCUCAUCAGCCAGAAGAAAUAAUACUGAUUUUACCGUAAGAUUCAAAGAUUUUGAGAAAUGGGAGAAAACAGCUAUGUGAU